CUUUGCCCUCGCGACCAUCCCUGCAGUCUUACUGCCCUUAUCUGCUUGAUGUUUGUUUACGGUGGUGCGAGUAGCUGCCUGCGGCGGACCGGAUCAUGAUUCUCGGCCCCAAUGAGCAGCCAGGCAUUGCCGCCACGGCCUGAAACACGCUAUGCUGGCAUUCAAACCUGGCAAAAGCUGGGGGCCAAAUCAGACCUUGGACCAUGCAAUUUGUGAGGGCCACUGCAAGGCAUACUCACUGAUGGAGGCGUCCAGAUUCGAGCCGUCGGUACGGCGUACAGCCAAGCUCGAGGCUGUCGCGGGUGGUCAGCAACCCGAUUUCUUUUCGAUUCUGUUUCUCAACUUCGAUUGAAAUAUUGUGCCAGUUCCUUUGCCAAAUGUCACAAUGACACCCCGUGGAUACCAAGGCAUGAACCAUCCGAAGCAGAGCAUGGCCCAUUCGAUCGACCUACCCGCUGAGAACGAUGAGCAUCCUCCAUACGUCCCGAAGGAGCACAUGAACAGACCACGAUGGCGCACAGCACUAUGGUUGCUACUAGCUCAUGGCCUACCAGCUGCUGUAUCAUGCCUUCUCAUUGCUCUUAACGCUGCUGAUAUGCGCUGGCGAUCUUCCAUGGUUGGCGGCACCAGCGAAAUACUGAGCGUUCUUCAAGUGGCCUCGAAGGCUCAGGAAGUGCUUGCCAUCUUCAGCAUAUCUCAAAUCGUUCUUUUCUGGCUGAUCCAUUGGCUCGUAAAAGGUGACGGGAUCCCAUUCGGCGUAUUCGUUGGCGCCUUAUCCCUGGCUGUCGGCGCCAGUCCGUUUUCAAAAGGUGUUUGGACCUCGUUAGCUCUCUCGCUCACGAAAACUCGUCUUAUCCCAGUUUGCCUCUUGGUCAUUGGCGCAACGUUCCUCAGUCUCGUUAUUGGUCCUGCAACAGCUGUCAUGUUAAUUCCCCGGCUCGACUGGUGGCCGGACCACAACAUUUUCCGCAUCUAUUCGCUAUCCGCGGAACGGUUUGAGCCUCUCCAGGACAGCAUGUACAUCCCCACGAACAUCUUUCCCACAGAAUUGCUCCAGAAUGUCGUCCCGGGCGACUACUGUUCAGACCCGUCUCUAGACCGGAAUGGCUCUUGUCCUUAUGCGGGCUUCGCAUACCUGUCUCCAAUGUUCUCUGAUGUACGCGAUGUCAACACCACCAUCGACUCUGCAGAGCUGGACUUAGGACGUCGCAUGAUUAGGACGGACGGCUUCGGGGGCACCGAAUAUACUUGUGCCUCAAUGUGGACGAGCCCGCGCCUGAUCAACGACUAUAUGUCCUUGAAAUACGACGAUGGACAUUUGGGAGCCUCAUCUAUUGAAGCGAGUGUACGUGCAUCUGCACCAUUGACCCCGAUCGUGGACGUCAUCUGCAGCAAUUCAACCCCAGCAACUGAGUAUCAAAGAAAUCUGUCGUUCAUGGGCAAUUUCCUGUCGAAUGCGAACCCAUCCUUCAGCGGUUCUUCCUUUGUUGAAGACGUUGCAUGGCAACUGGAUCUCAGAGACACUUGGAAUGAGACCACCCUGAACGAUUCUUCUGAUUAUCUGCUGAAGUGGCGCGAUGAUGUUUGGCCCAAUCGCAAUGUGCUCGUUGGACUGAUUCUCUCGCCGGGCGAGGGCGACGCAACUCCGAACGUCACAGUCUGUGCAAUCAACGCCAAAUAUGUGCCGGCAAAGCUCUGGUAUACUUCGACGCAAAAUGCGAUCUCUUCCAAUUUCACCUGGACCUUCCAACUCACACCAGGCGGCUAUCUGGGUUAUGGGUAUCAAGCUGACAAGAUGUUGCCACACACGCAAAUCACCAUUGAUAAGUCGUGGGCCAACAUACUCAAUGCAAAUGGCGUUCUGGUCCAGUUGAUCGCUAGCGCGAUGGCUGACGCAAAUCACAGCAGCUAUGACACCGAUACGACGAACGCAGUCACCGCGAAAUCCAAUCUUGUUAUUCCACAUCGACAGAUGGCAGCGCUAGGAGCCGGGGUCCUUGAUGGCAUAGCGCGCGUAGGCAUUGAAUACAGUAUUGCACCCAGUUUCAGUGGGUCAACCGCAUGGUCCAACAAGACAGUCCUCGUUUGCCACAAGGAUAAGUGGUGCUCCCAAGGACCGCUCACGGCUGGGGCAAUCUUGAACGCUACGCACGACGAAUUUAUGGCACAGAAUCCUUAUUGGCUCUCGGAUUCGGUACCCUCGGGCUAUGCAGAUGGCAGGAAUGACACACCUAUCAUGCGCUCCUUUGCCAUGCCUGUGGAUGCCGACCAAAAAUGGACGCAAAUUGCCUUUCCUGUAAAGAAUUAUACCUAUGGAUGGGGGUUCAACUCCACCAUGGUGAAGUUGGCGGCGGCUGUUGUGGCCUGGUACAUCUUCGUCACGCUUGUGCAUUGUAGCCUGGCGCUUUUCUUUCGAGAGUCUGAAGUCGGUGUCGGCUUGAAGGGUCUCGGCAAUACACUUGCACUUGCCUGGGGAAGCAGACCGCCGAUUCCGCCAAAAGACGAAGCAAAGCAACCCUCAUCAUCUAAGUCGUCGAGGGCUCUGGGCAAGGGUAAAACACGCGAGGAUGGUUGGUUGCAGAGGAUCCGCACAUUUGAGGCAACACCAUCUGGGCAAGGCGGCAGAAUUGUAGGAUGGCAAAGGGGUGUUGGCUUGAGGGCAAGAUGGAACGCUGUCAACACACAUGCAGACGAUGAUGACGAUGGCAGACAGGUUGCCGAAGUUGAUAUGAUUGUUGUGCCGGGAUGAUCCUGGAGGGCAAGAAGGAUGGGACUCCCGUUGCGUUGAGGUUCUUAUGGCUGGUCGUUAGGUCUGUAUUCACCAGCCGUUGUCUCGAGAUCGUGACGCCUAAGCGGACUACACCUCCUGUGCAUGGACUCAGACAAUGCUCUCUCCUACUGGGACUUGGUACAAUCUUGCUGCAUGAUACUCAACACAAAAGGAGCAGUUUCCAACCACAGCUCAGCCGGCGCAGCAAGGAAUAGCGUCACCACAUUGACGGCCUAUCCGGCGCCGCACUAUGGAGGAACUCGGUACAGAGUGGCAAUUUCGGACCAGGACAAGGGAAGCUGAACAUCUGACCCAGGUCAACAUGCAAGACGCGUCUGAUGAUAUUGAUGGAUGAGUUGGUCCGAACGCACAUGGCAAGUCUUUCCACCGACCUUGCACUUGACCUUUUCAGGCAGCACUGCGCGCAGGGAAUAUCCAAUGCACGACAAUCCAAGAAGUCCUUGCGGUUCAGGUGGACAGAGUCGAGAGAAGAAUAAAUCGCUCAUUUACGAAGAGUCGUGGCAUCCUCAAGCAGCUGGAGCUGCCUUUAGUCGCCUUUCUGUGGUGAUGCCUUCACCAAAGCCUCCUUAUUGGCAAACACUUGCCUCUUUGCAACAACGACAUUGCAGGGCCAUAACCUGCGCAACGACCUCAUUAUCCCUGUCGACGUUGCCACCAGCGGUCGUAUUACUGCAAGGUAAUGCAGAAAUUUUCCAGCCUCAAGACAUCUAC